UAAAAUUCGUUGAUCAACGAAGCGGGUGGGUAUACGCGAUCAGACAAGAAUACAAGAAGUUCCCUUUCUACUUGUCGUUUCGCAAGUUCACCAGACAAAAUUUUCGCUCGAUGAGAAUAAAAUUCGUCGUUCACGUUGGCCAGCCCGCGCCUCGCGAUUCAUAGAUAUCAGACAUAAACCGACGAAAUCGACCACGCUGCGAAGGAAGCAGCGGGGAGAGCAAGAAAGAAAUAGGGUGAGGAAGAGGGCGUUGCAAAAUGUCGAAAGCAGACACGAGGGUUCGACGGGAAGUCGGCUUUCAGUCGCAGCUCGGCAGUCUACACGAGACGAUCGAGUUACGUUUAGUAGGGUGCGUUCAACGUGCAUAUACGCGUACAGCGCAUGUAUUGGUGCUCAUAGGCGCAGUCUCGCGUGAGUACGCGUAACCGAUACGCCGGACGAGUUGACACACGCGCAGCAAUGGCGUACCCCCUCGAAGAAGCCUGAACAUGUUCUCGUCGAAUAUUUCUUCGUGUCACUGUGCGUGGUGCGCGUGAAAGGGACGAAUAAUCGUAAUAAAAUAGGGCACGCGUGAGACGAGGAUAGAUACGCGAAACGACACCGGGCGUGUACGAUCUUACAGGCUCGAAACGGAAGAAGGAACGUUACGCCCAGCUAGAACAUAGGAGUCCAUCGCCGACUCCGAUACACGUCGAGUAUCCGUUCUCACGGGUCGUUUACGAAAAAACUUGGCCAAGCGGAAAUUGAUAAGCGACAUCCUGGCGUCGAACGCGAAUGCGAUGCACGGAUGUGGCCGUCGGGGUAACAGCGUUCGACGGGGUUUGUGACCGAGUGAAGUGGAUUGCUACGUGCGCAAGAGAGAAGAGGGAGGAAAAAAAUACGUGUCAGUAGAGAAGCCGAAAGAGAAGGAAUCCGGAACGGGAGAGAUCGUCGAAUUCGUACUCGUCGUAAGCGUUUUACUUGGACUUUUAUCCUUCCCUCUGUCGAAAUAUGCGAUAACGCUCCUUUGCCCGCGUUCAUCGGGGGCUUCCCUUUCGAGGGCUUUCCUCGGUGUUGGAUAUACCUGCUUGGUCCAACCCUUGGAUAAGGCGAGCCUCUCGCAGCGAUGAACCGUAUUCAUUUCCGUCUAGUUCGAAGAUGCAUUCGUGACGGCGAGCAGCGCAGGAACUGAUACGGUCCGCAUCGCGGAUACGAGAAGAAAACGAAGAAACAAAGGAGAGGGUGGUCGAGUGGUUGGAAAAGAGGAAAUUGCCGUCUGAACACUGGGCGAGACGGAGCGCGGCUCGUUAUUAGGGAGAAUAAUCGCGAGGAUCCCACGAAAUGAGAGCCUAGCGUUCGAGGUGGGUUGUUCGUCAGCGGGCGCACGAGAAGGGACGGUUCGGCGGCGGAAGCCCGGAUAGUAGGAGGUUUCCAACAUGGCCGCCGCCUGUUACGAAAAGGAAGUGGUGGUAGGUGCCGCUAUGCACGGACACGGUCAUCACCAUCACCACCACCAUCAUCACCACCAUCAUCAUCAUCAUCACGGAAUAGCCGCCGUCACCACCUACAAGGAUUACAAGGAUUACUCGCAACCGCUCCACGUGGACUGCAGCGUCGAGUACGAACUACCUAGCCAGGCGAAACCACCGCCCGGGGGCGGUGAACCCCUGUUGAUGAUCCAUCCGUGUUACUAUCGACGCGCCGAACGCGAGAGGAGAAGUCCGUUCGUCAACAAUCUACCGCCCCCGAGUAACGCGCCUAUAUCUUCCUCGCGACGAACUAGCAGGAGGAGCGCGACGGCCGCCGUGGUGGCGACGACCGAUUCCGGCUCGAAUCUCGUGCCCACUACCGGUCAAAUGUCCGCCGCUAUGGCGGCUUCCUAUCGCGCCGCUCUCAACGCCGCUGCUACUCUCUCUCAACAACAGAGACGACAUCAUCAACAACAGCAGCAGCAGCAGCAGCAACAACAACAACCGCAACAGCAGCCGCAAAGUCAUCCCCAUCAUCAUCAUCAUCGUCCUCACGUUCACGCCACGCAUCACGGACAGCAGCAACAACAGGGUUCGGUAACGCCGACCGCUUCCGGCACCGAAUUGAUCUCUGCCGACGAGAAAGCAGUCAUAUCAGGUAUUUAUCAACAUUACUUCCGCGCGAUGCGCGCACACAAUCAUCAGCAUCGCCGCAACAACAACAACAACAACCGCAGCAACAGCAUCGAACCACUCAUCAACUUCAUCAUCAACCUCACCAAAACGUUGCUAUCGCGAACGGCGUCGCACGUCGGGCAACAGGCUUCCUCAUCUUCCUCGUCCUCCUCUUCUUCCUCUUCCACGUCCAUCGGUGCUUCCAGCGGCGUUUCUUCCGGCAGCGUUUCCAGCGUAUACGCGAGCACGAUACACAGGCAUCACGCGACCUCGUUGCACGCCCUUCAGGCCGCCGGCUUUUACGAAACGCCCGGUUAUCAUGCGCUUCUACCGCAGAGUUAGAUGACCACUAACCCAAGAGAGACCGACCCCGUUGCCAGCGUUCGUUCGUUCGCGUAAUCCGGGCGCAAAGCUGCGCUGCUUCCCCAUUGUGCGACUUAUCUUUCCCGGUCGUUAAAGAGCAUACGGGUUGGUCCACCGGUAUAUACACACGGGAUACGUCUCCCCGCGUAUAUGUUGUAUACGCGAUGUAUACAGGGUGAUUCGCUAGCUACGCGACGUAAAGAUAAGGUCACCGACACGUCGCUCGAUCGCUCGUCGCCGCGCCAUAAAGCUACGUUUGGACUGGUCGGGUAACAAACGGCGACAGAGAGACUCGCGAACCUAUCUUCCUCCUUUUUAGCUACUCGUCUAGUCUCGAUCUAAGGAUGCGUUUACGCUAAACGAACGAGACCGUUCGUGCUCGUUUACCGUAACGACCAUCGAGUAAAUUGUUCGGCCUCACCGAACAGCCGAAUGCGGGCGAAUCUUCUUGGAGUUAAAUCGACCGUUCGAACGGUCGAUUCGACGAGUUGGAUCGCGGCGAAUCGAAACAACGGGAAAGUAUCGCGUCGAGUCGAACCGGAUCGCGCCGAAUCGAUCCGAUUCCAGUCAAAUUCGGUCGAAUCGAAUCAAGCUAAAUUGAAUCGUGUAAUUUUUAUCUCGGAUACUUAAUCUGCGCGUCAUUGUUGCUGGACGAAGCACAGAAG